CGGGGCGGGACUCCGGGACGCUGGGCGGGCGUGCUAGAGCCCCGCCGCCCUGGCCCGGCCUUGCCUUGCGCUGCGCGCUCACCAUGGUGGGCCCCGCGCCGCGGCGGCGGCUGCGGCCGCUGGCAGCGCUGGCCCUGGUCCUGGCGCUGGCCCCGGGGCUGCCCACAGCCCGGGCCGGGCAGACACCGCGCCCUGCCGAGCGGGGGCCCCCAGUGCGGCUUUUCACCGAGGAGGAGCUGGCCCGCUAUGGCGGGGAGGAGGAAGAUCAGCCCAUCUACUUGGCAGUGAAGGGAGUGGUGUUUGAUGUCACCUCCGGAAAGGAGUUUUAUGGACGAGGAGCCCCCUACAAUGCCUUGACGGGGAAGGACUCCACUAGAGGGGUAGCCAAGAUGUCCUUGGAUCCUGCAGACCUCACCCAUGACACUACGGGUCUCACGGCCAAGGAACUGGAGGCCCUGGAUGAGGUCUUCACCAAAGUGUACAAAGCCAAAUACCCCAUCGUCGGCUACACUGCCCGGAGAAUUCUCAAUGAGGAUGGCAGCCCUAACCUGGACUUCAAGCCUGAAGACCAGCCCCAUUUUGACAUCAAGGACGAGUUCUGAUGUUCCCCCUGCAGGAGCAGGUUCUUGGGAGCGUGAGGCAGGAAGACACUAGGUGCUGAAUCUCCUGCAAAACUGGCUGCCUGGAGGCCCUGAGCCACCCAGAUCCGAAUAAAACAGAUGCUUACCCUGGAAGAGCAAA